CCCGCAUCUCUGGGCGGCAGCAAUAGCCAAUGAGAGAAGAGAGGCGGACGCGGGGACCAAUAGGCGGUAGCGACAGUGCAGAGUGCGGUUGCCAGGGGGCGGGGCCCGGCUGCUUGCCAGGCUUGCCAGCCCAGCAGCGGCGUCGGGGGUUCUGGACGUGGUGGCCGCUUCCUGAGUCGCGGGGAUGGAGGCGUCGCGCUGCCGACUCGGACCCCGCGGGGACAGUGCCUUUGAAGAUGAGACCAUGAAGCUUCGCCAGCUGAAACUAGAUAAUCAGAGAGCACUGCUGGAGAAGAAGCAGAGAAAAAAGCGCCUUGAACCACUCAUGGUACAGCCAAAUCCAGAAGCAAGGCUACGUCGCUCAAAGCCAAGAGGUAGCGAAGAGCAAACUCCUUUGGUGGAGCCUCAUACCCCACAGAAUGAUGUCAUCCUACAUGGCAUUGAUGGUCCAGCUGCCUUUUUGAAGCCAGAUGCUCAAGAUUUGGAAACCAAACUUCAUGUUCUCUCAGUAGGCUCUUCAGCUACAGAAGAGGAUACUGAAGGAAGUGCUGAUGGGGAAAGCACGAUGGAUACUGCACCCAAGCCAGACCUACAGGAGAUUCUCCAAAAACAUGGUAUCUCAGGUAGUUUGAACUUUGAUGAAGAGGAGACUGAUGGUGAAGAAGAAGGAAAAAAAUUAUGUAAUUCACCAUAUUCAGAUGCAGAGAGACCCAAUUCUGCAGCCAGCCAGAAAUCAACCACAGAUACAGGAGCUUCCGGUACUGCAGCCCAACAAACUGACAACCAGCUGGGAGAUGUGGAGAAUUUGGAGGACUUUGCAUAUAGUCCUGCCCCUCGGGGUGUUACAGUAAAGUGUCGGAUAACCAGGGAUAAAAAAGGAAUGGAUCGGGGUCUCUUCCCCACUUACUAUAUGCACUUGGAAAAAGAUGAAAAUCGGAAGAUAUUUCUUCUUGCAGGUAGAAAGCGGAAAAAGAGCAAAACAUCCAACUACCUUAUCUCCACUGAUCCAACAGAUUUAUCUCGUGAAGGGGAAAGUUAUAUCGGCAAACUGAGAUCCAACCUCAUGGGGACCAAGUUUACAGUUUACGACCACGGUGUCAGCCCAGCCAAGGCCCAAGGCCUGGUAGAGAAGGCCUAUACCCGGCAGGAGCUGGCAGCCGUCUGCUACGAAACAAAUGUACUUGGAUUUAAAGGUCCUAGGAAAAUGUCUGUGAUCAUUCCAGGCAUGAGUAUGAAUCAUGAACGGAUCCCAUUUCGGCCACGAAAUGACCACGAGAGCUUGCUUUCCAAAUGGCAGAACAAAACCAUGGAAAACUUGAUCGAACUACACAACAAGGCUCCGGUGUGGAACGACGACACGCAGUCCUACGUCCUGAACUUCCACGGCCGGGUCACGCAGGCAUCUGUGAAGAACUUCCAGAUAGUUCACGAGAAUGACCCUGACUACAUAGUCAUGCAGUUUGGACGUGUGGCAGACGAUGUGUUCACUCUGGACUACAACUACCCUCUGUGUGCACUUCAGGCCUUUGCCAUAGGGCUUUCCAGCUUCGACAGCAAGCUGGCCUGCGAAUGAGAGAAACAGCAAGGGCUGAACUUUGUCA